GGAUUUGAUUGGGGGAGAGCAGUGGCGCCGACUGCCGUCCUAAGAUGUCUACUCUAUGAAUAAGGUGACAAAUGGUGACGGAUUGUUUGUACUUGCAAUUAGCCUGGCUUUGCCUCCUAAGGUAAUUGAUCGCCCGAAUAGGGAGGAGCCGUUCCCACUGAAAUCGGCCUCCCCCUUCUCUCUUUCUCCCUUAUUAUUGCUUCAUCUCAAUGAAUCAAGUUUUUUUUUGUGAGCCAUUGAGAAUCCGUUCCAGUCUGGCAAGCGCUUUCAUCCAAUUCUUCACCCGUCUCCGCCAGUUGAUGCCGAGGAUUCCGUACGCGAUGAGCGAGUACGUUGCAACUGCCGACAAAAGACGCACGGUAAUACUGGCUAUCGGAGAAAAUUGUAUAUAUGGUACGCUUGGAAUGAUCGGUGAGUGUGUGCGUGUGGCUGGGGUUUUGCAACUAUAGCUCUAGGCUUGAUUCUGGUAAGUGUAACCGCUAAGGAUCGUUUGAUGUAUACCAGUCUCAGAGAGGGAGAGAGAAGGAUCUGACAAUUCGCAGGCUAUCAAAGCUUUCGUAAAGCAUUUUGUUUCCCCGUCCACGGCGCCGUACAGUGAUGCCGGCAUUCCACAACGUCACAGUAUUCGCGACUUCUGAUUGGCUGACUCACCAGCAAUUACCUCGGGUGCAGUGAGAGGGCGGGUGUGCCGAUAUUUUGGUUCGCAAAUUGAUUAAUGACAGACAAGCGCCGAGGAAAGUUUGUGGAGUUAACGUAGCGGUGUGUAUCAUAUAUUGCCGAGCUCAAUCGUCGGGCUGAUAUCAUAUCUCACUGCCCCUGCCCUGUCAUCCAGCUACGAUAUGUGUUCAAACAGUCUGAAUUAUGGUUAUCACAGCGAAGCAACUGCAUGACCUACAUGGUGCCUUCUCCAGUUUACUCAGUGCCUUUAAUGUAUACUGUAUUUAAGUCAUUCCACCCGAAGCUAACCAACAGUGAAGAUAUUUUUCCCACUUUGAGGACAUCUUCAUGACGAGUCAACCGCUUGGUAUCUUCUCUGUUUGAGCUCAUUUUGAUUACUUUUUAAAGCGAUUAUUUUGGAAUUCGGGAUAACUUUCUUUGAUCGAGUCGACUUGCCCCCAUGCAUAUCAUGCAUCACAGCGAGACGGCGAUAAACGACACGCCGUACGACCCGGCUUCCAACAUGUCCAAGAAGACGCUGACAGUGAGCAACAACUCUGCCUUCACCAGACCUCACCACAGUCUCUCUCCCGUCACCGCCAUCUCUCCCGGGGCAACUCCAGCCGAGACGCCGCUGCACAAAGCAGACGACAGGCCCAUCAAAGGAAUCAAUUUCCGCGUGGAAUCGUUCUUCUCGAAAUCACCGCCGUCCCCGCUCAGCAGCAAACAGCACCCUACAGACAUGGACUGCAGCCCCGUCGCUCCUGCGACACCACCUCCCGAAAACCCCGCUGCCCGUACGAACUCAUCCUCUGCUUCGUCUUUCGCGAGUCACAGUGUAGAGAACAUUUUAGCCAAAUCAUCGUCAUCGUCAUCCUCGUCGUCAUCGGAGAGCACGGGACGGUGCACGUCGCCGACGACGCAGACCUACACGUGGAACGCCUCUAGUUUUCCUUGGAUGCAGGCGACAAGAUUAAGUCCUUCAUCUGGCUCAUCAGAAAUCCGACCCCCAUUCUCAGGACCCAAAGUGCAGUGCACACUUCGGAAGCACAAGACAAACCGGAAGCCCAGGACACCGUUCACCACGUCACAACUUCUCGCCCUGGAGCGGAAAUUUCGCCAAAAGCAGUACCUCUCCAUAGCCGAGCGUGCCGAGUUCUCAGCCUCGCUAAACCUCACCGAAACUCAGGUCAAGAUCUGGUUCCAGAACAGGAGAGCCAAGGCCAAGCGCCUCCAGGAGGCCGAGCUCGAAAAACUCAAGAUGGCGGCCAAGCCCAUGUUCGCGCCUGGACUAGGUAUGCACAUUCCUGCAGCGGCUGCCAGCGCGUACUACUCUUCGCUCAGUCCGCUUCAUGCGGCACUGAGGCCACAGAUUUCCAUCAGCCCAUACCACCUAGGACCGUAUGCAUAUUUACCUUCGCCGCCAGCUCCAUCGAACAUAGUUUAUCCUUACACGAGUGGUAGCUUUUGAGAAUGACACAGACACUUAAUUGGACAUCGCAGCUUAUUACUUCAUCAAUAUGAACAAGCUGGUACCAACUUUUAUCUACUUACACUUCGAUGUGCUUGUUCCUACUAUGACUCCAGUUGGCGAUGAAGACGAUUUCGUCAAUAUUGUCAGGUCAUGUGACCAUUACGAUGAAAUAUUAGGCCUAUUGAGGAUGACGAUAAAAUAUUAUUGAGGAUGAGCAGCCGGAUCAGCACUUGCUACAUGACGUCGAUUGCAAGUCCAUCAUGCAUUGCAAAGUUCCAGAAUGUUUUUUUUUAAUAUACUUGCCGUCCAUUGUGGGCCAAACACAUAAAUUUUGAAUGCCAAUUUUCAUUACCAUUAAAUAAUCUACGCAGUCGUAAGUUUCUAUCAAAACUUCUUUUGCUUUGAAAAUAAUUUGUUGGUUAAUUGAAGUAUUUCAUCAGAACGAAACCCCACCGAAUAAGACUGACAUGCACAAAGUGCUCUUGUUGAAUAAUCUUAGUCAUCUCUCACCAGACAGUGCCAGAGUGUUUCAUAUUUCCACCUUUUGAACUCAACCCUAGAAUCAUUGUGUCUUACCAUUCUGUCACGUGACAAGUGUUGGUGACGUAAUGAUUAACGAACCCUCCAAUUGGUUGAGACUUUGCCUUACGAUUACGAGUUUAAUGCAAUCAAGAUUCUUAAUUUAGUUUCGAGACAUUCCCGAAUUUUAACACUCUUCAUCACUCUUUAAGUUGAAUUGUGAUAUUUUUGUGUUUUCAAAUCAAAAGAAUUAAUGCUGUCACGAUUAUCAUGGAAGGCUGAUUAUACCUAAUGACCAAAGUAUAUUGUUUCUUUAGCUGAUAAUUUGGACCAGAAAAUGUUGCCCAUGAAAAAAAAAUCAUAAUUACUAAAAUAAUGCUAAAGUAUAAAUCGAGUGUUAAUCUUAGCCUAAGACCCAAUAUACGAUUCUUGACGAUCUUAGCCUUCAUGUCGUGGUUUAUAUCAUCGAUGCAAUGUUAGAUACUUCAUCUAGAGGUAAAUUACCUAAAUGUUAUAAGCAUUGCGUGCAGAUGUGGGCGCUUGGGGCCAUGAACUCCCCCCCCCAAAAAAAG